CCAUUUUCCUCAACAACUCUUAGAGCCAGCCAUGGGAAGUGGAGGAUCGAGUCAAAGUCGUCAGCCCAAACAGGGUUGCGAGCGGCUGGGAAUAACUAUCCAUCAGCUCCAAGAGGUUGACAUUCUCGUGCAGCGCUAUCAGAAAGAUUGGUCUGAGGUGGUCAACUCUCCCACCGUGCAGCAUGUCGUGGACUACUUCAUCAAACCAGAGACCAAAUCGAAGAAGCAAAGCUAUGUCGAAGUGAAGUUUGCAAAAACAAUGACUCCACCCACUUGGUUUUCCUGCCAUCCUUGGUCAAUCAACCACGCCUCGCUAGUGUUGGGUCUGCAGCAUUCGGCAGACAGGCAUUGUGAGACUAGCUCGACAUCCUUUUGGUUAGCGGCCUAUUGCUUGUGUCAGCACAAAGUUCCUGCUGCUGACCAGGUUCUUCCUGCGGUCUUCGGUUCUAGGUACCUCUCCGGGAUUAUAGUGCAUGUUGAUUCACAGCGCGAGAUCUGGAAGAGGAUGUGGUGCCUCUCCGAAAUGUUGGCCUCUCUCACCCAUGACGACCUGAAGAUGAGCUUGGUGACGAUCGAAGAAUCUGAAGCAGGAUCCUCAGCGUUUUCGCUGUCAGAUCAUUUGGUGGGAACUGAGACGGAAGGUGAACGAAGGUCUUGGGAUGAACACUUUCCAUUGAGUGCUUUUGGGCCACACCAGAUAGAGAUUCAUAGGAGUCGUGCGUCAGACCCGGAUGAUGAACAAGCGCUUUUGGGUCAGAUCAUCUCUGCAAGUGGGGAAGCAGCACCAACAUCCUCGACCCCGAGAAACCAUCAGGCCUACAAUUUGGCCAAUACAAAGCUGCGAAGCAAGAUUGAAGCUGCUGCAAUGCGAGUUGCAGUGCUUGUGAAAGACCGCAAGAUGGAGGAACAUCUCUUGACCCGUGCUGCGAAUGAGCCCACGCUGCGGUCUGAGCUCAAACGUGUCCGCGAAGCAACUCAAGGACUCCCAGUGUCACAGGGAUCACCGCUAGCACCACCAGCCCCUGACCCAACCGAAGAGCCACAAGCUGCAGACACAGAACCUCCAUCUCCUGAACCUGCACCACCGCGCGCCAUCGUGCAGGGCACUAGAACUGCCCAAGACUCCAAACGCUUGGGAGCCCGUUUGGAAUACUUGUUGAAAGACUUUCCGAGGAGAGCAAAAGAAAGCACAGGCCAAGACGAUCCAACUUUUCGCAUCAUCGAUGAGUCAUUGGCUCGAGGUCCAACCGGCUUGGGGUACAAUCGUCCAUGCCCGCGGGAUGGGCAACUUCAUUGCAGCAUGGUAGACGCUUUGCGCAAUGAGGACGCACAGAAAGCUACCGUUUUUCUUUCCUGGUGCUGGGACUAUCAUUUGCAGAUGUACGUGAAGACUUGGGAGCAGUGGCUGCAACAUCACCCAGAUGCAGCUGAAGGCUUUGUGUGGCAAUGUUUCUUUUGCAACAAUCAAUAUCGUAUGCAAGAAGUAGUGGUGGAUGACAGCCUUGGUGAGAUUUUUCAAGAUCGCUUGCUGGAUAUUCAACAGAUGGUGGUCAUGCUGGACAAGUUCAUGCAGCCGCAAUAUUUGGAGCGUGUUUGGUGUGUCUUUGAGAUGUAUACCGCGGCAAAGCACCCGGGCAAGGUGACAGUGGAUAUCAUACUGCCACCAGACCAGGCUGCCGACAUCCAAAAGAAGGUCGCCUGCGGCGAUUUGUGGGAGAUUCAAUCGCAGUUUCAAGAAGUGAACGUGGAAAAUGCCAAGGCCUCCAGACCCGAAGACGAACGCAAGGUCAAAGAGAUCAUCAAGAGAGAUUCAGGUUUUCACGCAGUGAACGAGAAAGUUCGCGACACAAUGAUGCAUUGGGUACUGGGCCAGGUGAGAUCAGUCCUGCUUGACCCUAGUGGAACAGCCAAAAGCGCGGCAGAUUUCAUGGCUGCUGCUGGGCUAGCCAAUUGGGUUGGAAAACUCGAGGAUGCAGGAAUUCAAUCCUUUGAAGAGCUGGAGGACUUACAAGAUGCAGAUUUGGAGGAAAUUGGGCUGGACCUGGCUGCCCGCAAACGUUUGCUUGAAGUGCUGGAGAUGGGGCCCUCAGCAAAGGCAGAGGUUGACUUCAAGGUCCAGCUGAGGCAGUUGGGCUUAAAUACGAGUAUAUUCGAAGGUCUGUCAGAAGACGAGGUGAUGCGUGACAGGAAAAUUGAAGAAAAGCUAGCAAAUUUGGGCGAGAAGAAGAAGUUCCGCAAGUGGCGCCAAACUCGUUUGACUGGAGAAGCUGUUGUGGAGGAGCUUGUGGCAUUGGAUAUGCUGGUGGAGCGCGGUCCAGAUUGGUGCUAUGAUGGUGACAGUGACGAUGAAUACACACCCGAAGAUGGAGGGCCUCAGGGUGUUGGGAAGGUUGUGGCCUUUCAUUCGAAGUCUGGAGAGGCUAUGGCGAGUCAUGAAAAUUGCCCACCACGUCCUGGUUGGGUGAAAGUUCAUUGGCAAGUCACCGGUUGGACCCGCAGUUAUCGCAUGGGGACGCUCGAAAAUCCCGAAGCAGUUCCGGAAGCAGAGCUCCAAUUCGCUGCAGCCACAACACCACAACAACAUGCUCGGGCGCUUCGCGAAGUCCAGAAAGGAGAGCUCCAGUUGCAUCACUUGCGGUGCACCUUUGGCUAUCGGUGUGGCACAAAUUUUCCCCACUACACUCUUUUUGACAUCCGCCCAGAAGCAUGUGAGAAGGUGGCUGGAUUCAAGCCAGGCGAUAUUGUUGAAGAUGAAAAGAAGCAGAGAGCCACUUGUGUUGGCUUGAAGUAUCGUGGCGAUGCGAAAAAGGUAGAUCUUUGGUUUCAAGUUCAAGGCAAUGAUGGAGCAGGUGUCUAUAGACACUCGAAUCAUGAUCGCUCUCUUCGGAAAGUUGGACAGAAGCGUUUGCAAGAGGUGAAACGAGAGGAAGCGGAAGGUGCUUCGGACGGUGAGAUUGAUCAUGAUGAGCGUGAAUGGGUUGCUGAGAAUCUGAAACCAACGCUGAAAUACCUAUCCAAGUCUUGCCAACAGCUUCACUUUGAUGUCCGAGAUGAGAUCGUAGAAAAGUUUCGCAUGCCCUACAAGUCUGGUGAUGUUUUGAUUGACAAAGGAGAUGGGGAGAAGAUGACCUGCAUUGGAGUGGCCUGUGACCCAAUAAGGAAACUCGCUGCACAGAAUGGGCGGAGCAGAGGCCAGCGAGUUGUUGGCAGUGUGGCAGAAUUGUGGUUUCAUCUCGAAACCUCAAGUGGUGCUGGGCUGAAUGCAAAAAUGCACAAAGCACUAAGUCGAUUCCAAGUGGUCCACAAUGAGCCAGUGCAGGAAAUGCUUGCCGUUGCUGGCGGCGCUCCAGAUUCAUGGGAUAAGGAAACAGCGAUUGGCUUGCUUGAAAGUUUGCGGGGGAGUCUCAAAUUGGACUUCGUCUUCCCACGGGGCGCCGGAGAGAAUACAGCGCUUGAAAAGUUUGACGUUCGCGAAGAUGUGGUGCAGAACGUGGUUGGCUUCAAACCGGGCACAGUCUUGAGUCUUCGAGGAGCUCCGGCAGGUACGCGCUUAACUUUGGUUGGUCUUCGGCCCGAUCCUGACAAUGGGGAAAUUUCAGUGUGGUGGCAUCACGAAGACUAUGAGGAAGUGCACGCAGGAGCUGGAAUGGUUCCUGGCUGGGAGGAUUUGCGGCAAUUGAUGCGAGACACAGGUGAGACGGUGGACCUCAAUGAGCUGAAGCAACGAAUCAGCGACCCAAGCACAAGGGUACCGAUGGGAGGAGGAGGCGAACUAGGAGGAGCUCCAACAGGAAUGCCCGCAGGGCUGUCGCAGCUAUUAGGAGCAGAUGGGGAAGCCCGUCAACAGCUUCAAAUGCUACAGCAGAUGACUGCGCAGCUCUCACCAGCUCAACGUCGUGAACUUGAGCAACAACUUGGAGGACUCAUGGGCGCAUUGAUGGGCUGAGAGCGUCGCGAGAUGUCGGCGGUCAAAGAAUGACUGCACGCAUUAAUCAUUAAUCUUUGAGCUCCAGGGUUGGCGUUCAGACGACUCGAAC